GUCUGAAAGUAAUAUUUAUUAAAAAUGGAGAGUGAGAGCUCUGGUCUCGCUAAAUGUGAUCCAGAGGAAAGAAAUGAUGACAGCACUGACAAGAAAUCACAUAAGCAGAUCCCAGAAGACUCUCUAAACAGUAGUAACAGCAAAGGUAUGAAAACUAAAAUGAGAAAGGAUGCAAAAGAAUUUAGAAUCAAAUCUAAAGCUCCUCCGAUGAAAAGCAACUCGAUGGAGAUUCCAAAAUCAAUCGAUGCUAGAAAGAUCAACCAAAUAACAGCUCUAAACGAUUUUGCAGCAAAUAAUCAGCAAAAUGCACCUCCCUGUUUUGACUAUGACAAAUUCCAAACUGAUUUGAAGUCAAAUACAAACCUGCAAAAAGUUUAUUUGCAAUUUAUUCAGGCUUAUAAAACUGGAAGUCUCAUUAAUCCUUCCCAGAAUCCGAGGGGCUCAGCUCAGAAGAAUAAAAAGAGCAAAAAUAAGAGUAUCCACUCAUUGAGCUACACUGAAGCCAACACUCAAGAAGGCCCUAGGAACACCUCUGACAAACCUGACAUGAAGGAUAAUGGAAACUUAAAGCAUCCAAAAGAAAGGAAUCUCGAAGCUCACACUGGAAGGUCAAGCAGACAUAAUGGAAAGGUUCAUUCACUGAAUCCUUCCCCAAAAAGAGAUCUUGAAGGCUUGAAAUCCUCAAAGAAUAAGAAGCACAAGAAGUUCUCUAAGCUAAUGAAAAGCUCCAGCGAUCAAAACUUUAAGGUGAAUUCCAGGAAUUUUAACGAGAAUGGAACACAUACUUUAUUUCCUCCUAACCAAAAGAUUGGUGGAAGAGCUGCCUCGUCUAGAUUUGAAAGAAAAAUGCUAUCAGUUGACUAUUACUGAACAGCUGCAUACAAGAAGGCACCAAAACCGAUCGAUCUUCCUUAUAUAAGCCCUGAAGAGUUUCCAACUCACUCAUACAAUGCUCUUGAAAAUACUGCUAGAGAGUAUGAAGCAUUCAACUUAUUCCAAGGAGCUGAGGAGUUUAACUUCCUUAACUUGGAAUAAACAGUUAGAGGAUGGCAAAAAGCCAACCAAAAGCCUCUAACGAAAACCUACGAUGUGACUAAUACUCU